GGCGGCGUGAGGUGCGGCGCGCGCGCGCCCGCGUGCCCGGCGCGCCAGUGACGCGCGGCGCGCCGCUUGCGACGUAUCUUCCGCGUGCUCGCCUCGACCCUCGACCCGCGCCGCGACGCGAGUGCUGUGCUGUGCGAUACUAGUGCUGUGCCUUACUGUGCGUGCCAGUGAUUCGUACUGAGCUGACUUGUGACAGCGACGAUACGCCCGGUCGCGAGACCCGGUGCUCGCGGGAGGACCCGUCCGCGUCCGGUGGAAAGGUGGUGUUGUGUGUGAGAGUAGGUAGUCGUCCACAAGCGGCGGCGGGGACAGCCACGACGGUGAGGGCGGCGGCAUGGGGCGCGCGCGCGGCCCGCCGGCGGCAUGGCGGUGAGCUGCCCCGAGGUGAUGUACGGCGCCUACUACCCCUACCUGUACGGCCGCGGCGCCGCGCGCUCCUUCCACCACGCGCCGCACUUCCAGUAUGAUCGGUUUAACGUGCAAAGCGGCGCAAGCAACGCCGGCAGCGAAGCGUACGGCAGCGGGCCCGGCGCGGGCGGCGGCGCGGCGGCGCUCAGCUCAGGCUCGGCGUCAUCGGGCGCGCAGUCACCCGGCUCCCCGCCCCACGCGCACCUGCCGCACCACGCGCCGCGACUGCGCGCCAAGGAGGAGGACCUGUCCGUGCACGGCCGCGCCAGCGCUGAUGGCGGCGGAUCGUCGGAGUCGGAGGGCGAGCUGGGCGCGGGUGGCGGCGGGCCGGGCGCGGGUGGUGGCGCGGGGGCUGGUCGCGCGCGCGCUCAGUACGUCAGCGCCAACUGCGUGGUGUUCACGCACUACUCCGGAGACGUGGCCACCGUCGUCGACGAGCACUUCGCCCGCGCUCUCGCCCUCGACAAACCAAAGGAGAGUGUGCCCAUGGUGUCUCGCAACCUGCCGGCGUCGUUCUUCAACGCGGCGGCGGCGGCGGGCGUGGCGGCGCCGGGCGGGGCGUGCGCCGGAGUCGACCUGUACGACUACGACCCGUGGCACCAGCACUACGGCGGGUACGGUCCGGCGGCGCACCGGCACGCGGCGGAGUACCACGCGGCGCACCACAACAUGGCGGCGGGGUACGGCGUGGGCGGGCUGCUGCUGGGCCGCGCGCCGCUGCAUCAAUACAAGCCCGUCGACUGGUCGCACGCGCAGCACGCGCCGCACCUCGACCCCGCCGCCUGCUCGCCCUACUACCCGCCCGUGCCAGGUCUGGAAGCGCAGGUGCAAGACACGUCCAAGGAUCUUUACUGGUUCUGAGCGGGACCUGUCGCCCACGAAUACUGUUAAAUUAUGUCCGGCAACGGUGUGUCCGCGCCCGACGAGAAUGGAAGCCAGGCCGAAGAUGCCGAAGUUGCGACUCACGAAGUUGGAGGCGCUGCUGAAAGCGAUGAAGCCACUUUUGACGCUGGCAGAGCCACGAAGGUCGCCAACGGAGCCUCAGCUCACGCCCGUCGCGUAGACAACGCUCAACCAUCUACCACUUCCAGAGGUAAUCAACGGCUGUAAAGAAAGACAUUGUAUAAUGAUAUAUUAUGUAUUAGUUACGUAGGUACCUACUUAGAUAUAUUUAGCGUAUAUAUAAAAGUGCAACGUCAUGGUCAUUGUAUUAUUUAAAACCAUUUAAGAGAUUCCAAUCCAGUGUAAUUUGUGUUUGAGCAUUCAAUAACACUGUUCAAGUGAUCAUUAAAGCCAGUCCAUUAGCAACUAUGUGCAGAUCUCCUUGAUAUUGCAUAAAAAUAAUAAGUUAUCGGCCUAGAGAAAACAUAAUAUGUAUAUAGCAUACAACAUAUAUUUGGAUGGCAAGAUUGUACGGAGCUCAAGUGCUCUUAUAUGUAUGAAGUGGGCCCAGUGAUCAGGCAAAUAUGUUGAGGGGAAGACUCCACCGCAAUCCUUUUGCAGUCCUCGGGAUCAAAGAAAAAGGAUAGUCUUGCAAUAAGGUCGCGGUCUACUCUAUGAGUGAGUGAAAGCAUUGUUGUGAUUUGCGUCUAGGUAGGUUCAACUGAUUGAUUGCAUAGUAAUGAGCGGGGCGGGCAGCAUGCCGGACGUGGCCGUCAAACAUUUCGCACAACAUUGUAGAGAGGAGUGGAGCGAACUCCACUGCCUGUACAUGGAAAUGUAAUCCUAACCAAUAUCAAAUAUUGCAUCCAUUCCGCAACACAUUAUAUUUUUUAUUUAAGUUUACUUGUAAAUAGGUUUCUGAUUUAAGGGAACUAAGUCUCAAAAACUACAUAAAGCAAAUUUUUUUGUCGAUUCCUAGCUAAUAUUUUAUGCCGGCACUUCCGUACUUGACAACAGUUUAUCCUUUUCACUCUCUCCCUAUAGAGUAUGAUAAGGACAAUCUGCUGUCAAAAUGAUAAAAAGCAAAUACGAAUAGCCAUGUGAAGAGCCGGUAUGACAUAUAAUGUUUCGUUAGAUAUAUUCGGGUGAAUUAUAUGAAUAUAUAUUGGAUUCGAUAAUUUAAUACCCUGUCCUGUUCGCGCCGGCUGUCCCGCUGUCACAGUGGGUGCGGCAGGUGCGGUGGUUCGCUGUGAGUUUGUUGUUUCCGCGAAUUUGGUAUUCGUCGCGCGUCGCUCGUAAUUGAGGCUCAAUCGACACCCGGCGUGAUGCCUGCUCGAUUCGCGACCUCAUUACCGCUCCUGUAAACGGCCCGCUAUCGCCUGAGCCCUAUAAUUGCACCCUACUUUAUAUCUUCAUUAAACCGUUCACAUAAAAAACGGACGCAAUCGCCGAUAAUGUCACGGAGUAUUGAAUUCUCAUUAGUUGUGAUGCGGUGUACGAGACCGAGGUACCUACUCGUAGUGAUAGUUGACGUUUAAAUAAGUAAUGUAUGUAAAUACGCUCGCUCAGUAUAAAUAAAGUUAUUAUAGUGUGUAGUACAGUAGUUCGCGGUGUAAAUAGUAGGUAGAGAGCGUCUGUAUGGGACCGCAUGGUUCUGGUUGUGCAGACCACAGGCGGGCUUGGUGCCUCCAACACUCCAUCAUGUGUAAUUGCCGAAUCCAUGGUGGACUGUUCAUUGAUUAUAUUUCUUUAUCUCUGUUCUCUGUUCUUUAUUUAAUAUUGACAAGAAAUCGACUUUUUUACAAUCAUCUGUUUAUUUUAUCUUAAAGAAUAUACUCAUUUGUUGUUUAUUAAUGAAACUACCAUAGAUUCUAUUAUGUUGUAUUGUACUGUAAAGUUAGGGCUUGGUGGUGAAACUAAACAUGUUUAUAGAGUAUGAUGAUGGGCUAGGUACGUUGACGUCAACAUAAAGCAUGUUUUAUAUAAUUUAUGUGUGUUAUACACUAUAUACUGUCUAUCUCUAUCUUUAUCUGUAAAAUAAAUCUUUGCAAUAAUAUAGUAAGUAUAGAAGUUCUUUAUUAUUGGUAAAGUAAUAUAUUUAUAUAUUGGUGUAGUAUACAUUUUAGAUAAUUAUCCUUCUUUCUCUUCUCCCUUAUUGAUUUAACUUGUUGUAACAAGUAGCGCGAGAACAGUUUUCAGCAUUAUUUAUGUACUUGGUUACAGCUGAAAAUCAGUGUUUUGCUCUCUGAGAAAAAUCAUCACCGAGCCAUUUUGUUGCGGCACACUUUAUAGAUUUGACUUUUAUUAUUAGAUUGUUUUUCUUUUUGUGAAUGUGUGCCGUUCAUACAAACAAAUGUGUUAUCUCUCUAUCUGCUGAGUAGAAUUUAGUAUGAUUGAAAUCAAAUAGCAUUGAACAUCAAUAUAUAAAAUUACUUAUUAAUAAUAAAAUGAAGCAAUAUAGAAGCCUACUGCGUUCUUCAAAUAAUGAAAUAGUCUUUGUAAUGAAUUAGUGAUCGCCCUCGAUCGAUUUGAUUCUACUUCACGUUGGCUUGAGCUCAUCAUAGGUCCCCCGAAGCAUGAGGCACGAUGCCCGCCGAGUAUAUUAUAAAGUUAUAUAAGUAUUAUCACAACGAACUCGUCACAUAUGAAUGUUAUGGUAGCCAUAUACACUACGAGAAAUUGUUACGAUCAGACUGUACAGUUCGAACGGAACAGUUUAUCGUACGUGGCGUACGUAUAGGAAACUGGGCAGUUUUAUAACAUAUACGUUACGAUUUAUCGGUACCGUUCGGACUGUACAGUCUAAUCGUAACGAUUUCUCGUAGUGUAUGGCUACCAUUAGUCUGCGUGUAUCCGGUCAUAUAGAUCUCCGCCGCCGACGCAUAGGGAAUUUACUUAAUUCACUUCUUAAUUAUCUAUGUGGGUUUUGUGACAAAUCUUUACAUGAAUGUUUAAUAUUGUGAAAAAUUAUAAAAAGUGCUCGCUUAGUGAUAUUAAAACACAAAUAAAAUUGUAUACUUAGUUAACUAGAUUUUUUUUUACAAUUUCUGGUAUAUUUAAAUCAGCUGUGUUAUUCUGUAAAAUUUUCACGCGCGGAUUUAUAUCGGAACUUAGCGGAUCCACAUCGGAUCCACGCGUGAAAAUUUUACAGAUGAGCACUGCAAAACCUGAAAACAACUAAACUUGUGUGUAAGUUUUAACUUAACUUAAUAAUAAUUGUGAGAUUGAUCAUAUUUACAUGAUUGAUGAUGUCAGAAAAGGCAUCUUUCAGGGAAGGCAUGAUAUUCUAUUUUACAUUAAAAUUAUUGUGAUACUUAAUUGUACCUUUCUAGCUGUAUUUUUGAAUAUGCAGCUACUAUUUAUGUCAGCGUGAGCGCAGUGCAACUUGCUAAAAGAUAUAAAUGUACUAAAUAAUUUCAUUAAAACUGAUCAAUGUUGUAACAGUCUGGCAUUGUACACUUGUGUAUUUAAGUAAUGACAUUGGUAAAUGCAAUUUUAAUAAUUUGUUUAUCUAUUUUUUUAAUAUGACAGAAAAUAUUGCUUCAGUGCUUAGUGACUUUGUUUAAAAAUCUUAGUUAGACACACAACGACGCCCGGUUUUCAUGAAUAAAAAAUCCACUGGCAUUGCAAAAAGCUUAUAUAUUGAUUUAUUUGUUCGUGGAAUGCUAUUGAGCGAUAUGUGAGCAUUAUCACACAGUAGUAACGUUAUUUAUGAGGACCGGGCGUAGUCGGCGCGUCGGCGUCGGCGGCCCCGAUACAUUUGCAUUGCAAACGAUGUAAUAAACGCGGAUCAUUAAUGGCGGCUCCUAGAUAAUGAGAACUUAAAUAUAAAUUCCAUACUAGCUGCGAUUGUUUCACUCCACACCGUGGUUUUAUUGCUCCCUCAUUAGCCGCGGACGGCAGGACGAACGCCCCUACCAUGGGGUUCAUGUGUAACUCGAUAGCUUUCGAGUUAUUUAUCUGGACCUGAUAAAAACUCUUACGUCAAUAAAGCUGAUCCAUGGACGUUUGUAUGAACUCAAACAUGAUUCAUCCUCAUUCUAUAUAUUUUCAAAUAUUUACAAGGACGAAGUGACAUUUUAAACAGAAUGAAGCUUAUAGUUCAUCGAAGAACAUCUGCAUCUACCCAAUAAGUGAGCGUGA